CUAUCGUUGCAUGUCGGUCUAAUGCGAUUUGUUUGUUUACCCAGUUGACAGUUCCUGGAAAAUCGUCAGGGUGAACAUAUCUUAGUGUUUGUGCGGAAAAAUUCUAUAUUCCGGUGAUGCUGCGUGUGUAAACGAACGUGCGAAAUUUCAACAUACGUACAACCAAUCUCAUCGAGCUGAUAGGCACAUAUUCAGCGCACUUUUAAAAGUGCAGAGGGAGCAGCUCCACAUUUUGAGUGAACUAAAAUAAAUAAAAAAUUCUUUGUAUCUAUGAAAGUGCACAGUUUGAAAUUGGUUGGCCGUGCACGCAUUUCUGGCACAAACACUAUCCCCAAAAUAAAUAUGUAUAAUAUAGAAAUAAAAUGUUAAAAUUUCAAAAGCGUUUCAAGUUCCAAAAUAGUGGUAAAUAAACAUAAAAGUGAAUUUAAAGCGGUAAUAAUCGUGCUAUAGAAAGGAAAAUAAUAAUAAUAAAGUACCCGCUUUUGUAUGCGUGUUUGUGGCAUUAUAUGUGUAUGUAUGUAUAUGUGUAGCAACAAAUAAACAGUUAUUUGUAAAUAUAAUCAUCAAGUGACGUACAAAGCAGUUUGAAGUGCCCAAUUAAAAAGUAGUUAAAAGAAAAAUGUCAUUUUCAACUAAUUUGACCUUUACGUUUGGAUUAUUUAUGUUCUGCGGUGCGCUGGUGCAUUGUCACCUCAAUGUUUACCUCAAUCUGCACGAGGUGAUGCGAUUAAUAGGUGUCUCGGCUGAGUUGUAUUAUGUGCGCGAUGGUCAGGUCAACGAUUAUGCGCUUAAUUUUGCCGUUCCUGUGCCGGCGAACGUCAACGAGAUCUCCUUUACGUGGCAGAGUCUAGCCCAUCAUCCGCUCCCAUACAGUGUCAACAUUAUUACAUCAGAGCCAUUCGUACUGCCACGGCCAAUGUUGAAUAUUUCACGCAUCGGCGAAAUUCCGCUGGAGCCACAAACUUUCGCUGUCAGUUUGAAAUGCUCUGGCACACGAGACGCCGAAGUUGAGGUCACCAUCGCCAUCGAAAUAAUACUGGACCGAAAGACGAAUAACAUAACAGAUUUGAUGUUCAAACGCAAAAAAAUUUGUCUUGCAGGCCCGCAGGAAGACGGACGCCAUGCGAAUAUCGGUAGUGGUGUUGGCAAUUUGAACAAACAUAUUAACCAACCGAUAGAGGGUAUUUUGGAAGAUGUUACUGGUGGUCAUGUAGUGCACGAAAACGAGGGGAUAAAGUUCGGUGGGGACGGUAUAAGUCCACAUGCAACCAGUAGUGAUGAACAGCAUACGAUGGAUGAAAAUUUGUUAGGCGAUGGUCGUUUGAGCGGUCCAGGCACUAUUUUGCACGAUUUUGAUCCCAUGCUAAAGGAGACACUUGCGCCACCCACUAGCGGUGUAACCACACUCAUAAUUGGCGGUAUACUGGCAUUGAUACUGGUCGUUACACUAAUUGUAAUUGCUUACUGCGCUAAGGGACCAACGAAGCGGCAAAAUCACGGGGUACAUCUGAUUAAAACAUCGAGCUUUCAGCGCUUACCUACAAUAUCAUCGACAGCUCACAAUUCCAUCUAUGUGUGUCCCUCUGUUAUCACGCCCACUUAUGCAACACUCACACGACCUUUCCGAGAGUACGAACAGGAACCGGAGGAGUUCAAUCGUCGCCUGAGUGAAUUGACUGUACAAAAGUGUCGUGUUCGAUUAUCAAGUUUGGUGCAAGAGGGCACAUAUGGCCGCAUAUAUAAGGGUACUUACAAUGACAGCCAAGAGGUACUGGUGAAAACUGUCGCUCAACAUGCCAGUCAAAUCCAAGUGUCGCUUUUGCUGCAAGAAGGUAUGAUGCUAUACGAUGCGGCACAUCCCAACGUACUGUCCGUCUUAGGCGUUACAAUCGAGGAUUUUACUACACCAUUUUUGCUCUAUCCAGCGGCCAACAAUACACGAAAUUUGAAGCUGUUCUUACAAGAACCGGCAUAUGCGAGAAGCGUUACCACCAUCCAGACAGUGCUAAUGUCCUCGCAACUGGCAAUCGCCGUGGAACACUUACAUAAUCACGGUGUAAUCCAUAAGGAUAUUGCGGCCAGAAACUGUGUUAUCGAUGACCAACUGCGCGUCAAACUUACCGAUAGUUCGUUGAGUCGUGAUCUAUUCUCAGGUGAUUAUAACUGCUUAGGCGAUGGUGAAAAUCGGCCCAUUAAAUGGAUGUCACUUGAGACUAUACAAAAGAAGCACUACAACGAGGGUAGCGAUGUGUGGUCCUUCGGUGUUCUAAUGUGGGAGAUGUGCACACUAGGUAAACUACCUUACGCCGAGAUCGACCCAUAUGAAAUGGAGCAUUACUUGAAGGAUGGCUACCGUCUGGCACAACCUUAUAACUGUCCAGAUGAAUUAUUCACCAUUAUGGCCUACUGCUGGGCAGUAUUACCGACUGAACGUCCCUCAUUUAGCCAAUUGCAAAUAUGUCUUUCUGAGUUCCACACGCAAAUCACAAGAUAUGUCUAAGAUUCCGAGGCAAACUGGAAUACAUAAGUAGACUUCAUAAUGUAAAAAUUGGCGUCGUUGUAUAUAAAUAGAAUUGAAGAGUUCUUCAUAUGAACAUUUUAUGACCCUAAGAACCCAAAGACAGUUAAUUAAGUGAAAAAUAGGUAUAUUCUUACAUAUGUACAUAUAUGUAUAUGCACCUAUAUGUAUACAGCGGCUGGCUCGAAUAAACUCCAGCCAAGAGGCAAAAUUUUCUACCACCUUUUGAAGCAGGUGGUAUGUUAGCAAGAACGUAUCGAAUAUUCUCUUCCAAGGCGUCACAUAGUGGGACCGUGACCUCUACUUUUGCAGAUCAAUUCAGGAAAGCUUUACUUCGAUAAUUUUUAAUUUUUUAUUUUCAAUAUAAGUAAUGGUUUACAAGUUGCAAAUGUAAAAUAAAAAGCAACCAAAAAGAUUUUAUUUAAUAUUUAUCAAUACUGUUGCCAUCUUUAUUUGUCACUAGGAUACUUUUGUACUUCAGCAACACCAUCAUCAUCUUCAUCAGUAUCACUGCCCUUAAUUCCACAUUCAUCACAUAUGAUUGAGUCAACAGACUGAUUUGGUAAAUUUUAAAUGAUCUUUUUUUGGCAAUCUUCGCAUUCCUGAAACAAUGGGAUCUGAACAAUUCAGAAUAUCAUGCUUUCAUUUACACUUUCUUCAAUGAAAUUCCCGAUAGUUUUAUAGAUUUUUUGUUUCUUCUUUGUUGGCCAAUAUGCAAAAGAGCUAUUUCGAUAAUUUCUGGUCCGUGUAUGAAAUAAUUAUACAAAGUCGGGAGAAUAUUUUACGAUGGAUAUGACCUAAACAAAAGUGUUGCUGUUUUAUGUGCAAGUGUCUAAAUUUCGUGUUAUUGAGAUCAUACCUAUUAGACACUACAAUUAAGAGUAUAUGUAUUUAAUUUAUUAAAUUUUCAUUUAUUGAGGUUAUUUCAAAAGGCUUUUCUACGGGGUAAGAAAAUAACUUAUGGCGGUAUUACCGUUGUUUGUGUUUCCAAGGUCAGGUUUAGGUUUGUCAACUAUUAAUCCUAAAGUAUUGUUUAAAGUUUCUUCAGAAAUUUUCGAUGGAUCUUAUUCCAUUUAUUCUUUAACUCAAAAUCAGUUUUUGCUCUUAUUUUUAUUUUUUAAUCAAUUCGAGAAAUGAGCCCAUUUGUCCCCACUGUGCUUCAAUCGUUUCGAGCUAAUCUGCCUAGUCAAACGACAUCACAUAACCCGCAAAAAAGAUAGUUCAGCGGUGUAAAAUCUCGUCUUGUUGGAACCAAAGGUCGUCCACAUCAACAUUCUACAAUUUAGGCACGAAAAAGUCAUUAAUCAAAACAGCUAUUCCCCAUUGUCUGGAAUAUUAUGGUUGGUUUCAUUUCUGAAGAACCAUGGAUCAAAUAUAGUCUCUGACCAUAGAGUGACUUUUUUAUCGAUUGUCACAAAAAUAGUUUGAGGAUUAUCAUCUCUGCAAAUGCGACAAUUGUGAUUCCAUUCAACCAAAAGUGUGCCUCAUCGCUGAACAAUUUUUUGCGUAGCGUGAACGGAAUCAUUAAUUUGGUAAUACAUUUGCACGAUUUGCAAACGUUGUUCCGGAGUAAGUCGGUUCAUUAUCAUAUUUAUAAAUCGAGUAACAUCUGUCUAAAAGGUCAACUCCGACAAAUGUAUUUCCUCAUUGAAUCACACGUCUAAAAACAUCCGUUAUAGGUAUAUACAUAGGUGCAUAUGUAUAACAUCCAAGUACAUAUAUGUACAUAUAAUAUAUAUUCGUGUGUGUAAAAAGUAGAUGAUAAGAGAUAAGACAGAAUGUUUGUAUACUUAAGUUUUAUUGCUUUAAAAUUUUAACGAAAUUCGUAGAAAUUUAUUAAUGAAAAGAGAAACAAAUUGUAUAAUAAACGAAUGGUAACUCAGAAGUGCCAAAUAUGAGUUUCAGGAAACAGUAAGUAUAAUUGUUCGUCCCGCAAGCUGAAGUGUAUUAAGCUUUAAAUAAACAAACUUAGAAAAAAUGUUGAAUAUAUCACACUCGUUGUCCUCGACAAUGGUCAGCGUUCAACAAACCCUUAAUUUUAAGUAGUAUGUAUAUACCUGUGUAUAUAUGUAUGUAUAGUAUGUAUGUGAGUACUUAAGUAGGGGUCCGUGUUUAAGCAUUUGAUGUAAAUGUGAAAGUUGUUAGGUGAUGACAGCUUAAUAUCUAUAAGCUCGUAAGCCCAUAAUUCUUAAGUGCAUAAUUUGUAAAUGAAAUGAAUGUGCACACACCUAACUGUAAUCUAUAUAGUCUAGACGUAUAUAUACAUACGAGUAUGUAAACUUACAGGUAUAUUUAGUUACUGUUCUCCCCCCACUCAGGUCUAGCUCUUAUCCCGUGUAUUGCAUUCAUAUUUAUACAAUAUUUUUUAGUUUUAAUUUACACUGUCGUUUCCUACAGUAAGCGAGUUCUCAACCUGUAGUUGCUAAUCUGAACUUUAACUGAAACGAAAUAAACGUCCAAAAAUCGAUUAUUU